GGCCACGUGACAGCGCUUCGCCCAGUGAGACGGUCACAUGACCCGGGGAAGAUGGCUGCGUUGACAGCAGAAAACUUCGCAGCGCUGCAGAGCCUGCUGAAGGCCUCUUCGAAAGAUGUUGUCAGACAGCUAUGCCAAGAGAGCUUUUCCACUUCAGCCAUUGGCUCGAAAAAACUCCUGGAUAUUACAUGUUCCAGCUUGUCUGUGACCCAGGAGGAGGCAGAGCAACUGCUCCAGGCCCUGCACCGCCUCACCAGGCUGGCGGCCUUCCAUGACCUGUCCUCUGCCGAGGCGAUUCUGGCUCUCUUUCCUGAAAAUUUCCACCAAAACCUCAAAAACCUGCUGACAAAAAUCAUCCUUGAACAUGUAUCGACUUGGAGAACUGAAGCCCAAGCAAAUCUGAUCUCCCUCCCACGCCUGGUUGACCUGGACUGGAGAGUGGACAUCAAAACGGCCUCAGACAGCAUCAGCCGCAUGGCCGUCCCCACCUGCCUGCUCCAGAUGAAGAUCCAGGAAGACCCUCGUCUGUGUGGGGACAAACCCUCCGUCUCGGCUGUCACCAUGGAGCUGAGUAAGGAGACGCUGGCCACUAUGUUAGACGGGCUGGGCCGCAUCCGAGACCAGCUUUCUGCCGUGGCCAACAAAUGAGCCCAGCUGGCGGCCAGCCACUGCCCUGCCCCAGCUGCUGGUCAGUGAUGGAGCCCCUCCAGCACCAGGCGGGCUGCCCUUCAUAGCAGCAGCUCCAGCCGCCCGCAGGCGGGAUGGUGGGGACAGAGAGGGGCUGGCAGCCAGAAGGCGCAGCUGGGUGGGGAGGAAGCAGCCACGCCCCCGCGCCCUUCUCCUCACUCAUCUUUUUUCUUUUUCCGAAGCUGGUGAGCAGAAGCCUCCCUGUUUGAGAGGCUCCUGUGUACGACUCAGUUACCGCGUGGCAGCGUGAGGGAGCAUUGGCUUAGCUGCCUCUGCACAGCUGAUUGGAAAACUCAGGCCCAAAUGGUAGAGCUUGUCUAAAAAGUUCCUUUCCGGCAUUCGCUCUAAUCAGUUCAUUUCCAGCCCGGAACACAUGGCGGGAAUCAGGUGGCGAUGCCAGCAGCCCCUGCUUCUCUGUAGAGAAGCCAGGCAGAGCCCCGGAGCAGGGCCACGCGGUGCGGCCCACCCUGCCCUAAGUCCGGGGCCUUCCCGAGCCCCUCAGCCCUGCUGGACCACCUUCCACUCAGGAAGUCUGAAAUGGAGGCUAAUCCCCUCCUUCACGAAGCGGGGACCCCUUCCUUGAUAUAAUGCAGCUACUCCAGGGUGAAGAAGUGGGGUGAUUGGAAAUAAACAACGGUUCUGAGAACGUCA